CGAUGGUGACAGCAGAGAGAAGAAAACACCAGGAGAUGGCACACUUUUCUCGAUAGAAUAACCUCAGUAGCUGUUGGGAACUUGCUAAAAUGUCCUUCUACUUUGUUAUCGUAGGCCAUCGGGACAAUCCACUGUUCGAACAUGAGUUUGGCACUUCUAAGAGCGGCGGCGACGGCGGCAGUCGCUUCACGCAAGAGCAGAGACGCAUGAAUCAAUUUAUUGUGCAUGCCAGCUUGGAUGUGGCAGAGGAAGCGCAAUGGGGCACUCAAAAUAUGUACCUCAAGUACAUAGACCGCUACGCUUCGUCGUACAUAUUCUGUUUCUUGACCGGUGGCAACGUGAAAUUUCUGCUCCUGUCAAAUCCGGAGACACAUUCGGCCACAAACACACUGACUACUCCCGGGGGUCGCUCUUCUGCUGCGGCAUCUGCCCGCUUGAGUGCGCAAGGAAGUAUGUACAAUCCGACAGCGGCAGCCACAGAAGAAGGAGUCAAGAAUUUUUUCGUGGAAGUCUAUGAUGUGUGGGUCAAGACACUCAUGAAUCCGUUCUAUCAUACGGACAUGGUCGUGAAGAGUCCUAAGUUUCGGGAAAGGGUUGCAGCUGCAGGAAGGAGAUAUCUGUGAUGUUUCUGGUGGCCAUUCUGAUAAAUGAGAUAAAUGCACAUAUGGAGACUUGUGUUGUCCGAAGGCUCAAAAGCCCGUUUAUGGACUCCUGGGGGACUGAAUCAGGUCUCUUGCGUGUUACUUACGCCAUUGACAAAUUGCGCUGGGGUGCUGAAUCUGGAAUGAAUAGAUCACGAACGCUUCGAUAUUGUAUCUCAAUCGGAAAUGGCUCUCGAUGGAGAUGAAUAAUAACGCCUGCUAGGAUAAAUGCGAACAGAGUAAUGUUGUAACUGACCGUACUACGGGAAAAAACGAGGACUGCGGUUGACUAGCCUACUACAACAAAAGGUCAUGUUGUUAAAACAACUGACAGGGACUGGAGUGAGUAUGAGAGCAAAAGUCUGCAAAACCUCAGUGCCAUGCUAUGAUCUUUGUUGGCAAAGCUCUCAGAACGCCAUUUCUAGGCUCAAAACUCGGCGAAUUGCGUAAUCAAGGCGGCGUUGAUGGUCGAACUUGUUGGGUGUCAAGUCUACCUGAUAGUCACACCAUUUUCC